CCCUCGGCCAAGAUGGCGGUCGGCGCGCUUCUCUCCGGCGGGGCGCGAGGCGCGGCGGUGGCGGCUGCUGGUUCAGCUGGUGGCGGAGCCGCGUGUGACGGGAGGCCGCCGCUGCCGGCGCCGUGACCGGCCUCCUCCGCCUCCGAUAGAACUUUCUGGAAUGGAAGAUGGAAGACAGAGGAUCUCGGGUUGCUGACUAUUUUGUGGUGGCAGGAUUAACCGAUAUUUCUAAACCACUUGAGGAGGAAAUUCAUUUCAACGAUGCUUGUCAUAAGCUUGCAAAGCCCAAAGAACCAAUCACAGAUGUGGCAGUGAUCAUUAAAUCCCUUGGGGAAGAAGUCCCUCCUGGAUACAAAUGCAUUGAUGUUACUCCUUCAGGACUGUCUGCUGAUCUCAACAAUGGCAGCCUCAUGGGACCCCAAAUAUAUAUGUGCUACAGGAGAGGAAGGGACAAGCCCCCACUAACAGAUCUGGGGGUUUUAUAUGACGGGAAAGAGAGGUUGAAGCAGGGAUGCGAAAUCAUCCAGACCACUCCGUCUGGCCGCCCUGCGAAUAUCAGCAGCGGUGCCUCGUCCCAGAAAGUGUACAUAACGUAUCGGAGAGCUUUGGAGAACAUGACCCAGAACACCUUGGCGGUCACAGACAUCUGCAUCAUUAUCCCAAGCAAGGGGGAAACCCCGCCACACACCUUCUGUAAAGUUGACAAGAAUCUGAACAAUAGUAUGUGGGGAUUAUCAGCUUACUUGUGUUAUAAGAAAUCUGUGGCAAAAACAAACACCAUAUCAUACAAAGCAGGUCUCAUAUGCAGAUAUCCAGAAAAAGACUACGAUUCAUUUCCUCUGCCAGAGUCGGUCCCUCUUUUUUGUCUGCCAAUGGGGGCAACCAUUGAAUGCUGGCCUUCCAACAGCAAAUAUCCUCUCCCAGUGUUUUCUACGUUUGUGCUCACUGGAGCCUCAGCUGAAAAGGUCUAUGGUGCUGCUAUUCAAUUCUACGAAACGUACUCCGAGGAAAACCUGACAGAAAAACAGAAGGCUCAACUGGGCUUCAUGGCCCUGCCCAGCUCCAAAACUGUUCAGACGAACAAGUGCAUCUGCCUACUGUCCCACUGGCCAUUCUUUGACGCCUUCAAGAAAUUCCUCACUUUUCUUUACCGCUAUUCAAUAUCUGGUCCACACGUCCUUCCUAUUGAGAAGCAUAUUUCCCAUUUUAUGCACAAGGUUCCUUUUCCAUCUCCACAAAGACCAAGGAUUUUAGUUCAGCUAUCACCCCAUGAUAAUCUGAUUCUUAGUCAGCCCAUAUCAUCACCUGUACCGCUGAGUAGCGGAGGGAAGUUUUCUGCUCUUCUGCAGAAUCUGGGACCUGAGAAUGCUGUAAAUCUCCUAGUCUUCGCGGUGACAGAACAUAAAAUCCUCAUCCACUCUUUACGCCCUUCUGUCCUCACCAGCGUAACUGAAGCCCUGGUCUCUAUGAUCUUUCCUUUCCACUGGCCAUGCCCGUACAUUCCUCUCUGCCCUCUAGCCCUGGCUGAUGUUCUGAGCGCACCGUGUCCAUUCAUAGUGGGAAUUGAUUCCAGAUAUUUUGAUCUUUAUGACCCACCGCCAGAUGUUAGCUGUGUUGACCUAGAUACAAACACCAUUUCACAGCCAGGAGAUAAGCGAACGAUCGCAUGGAAGAUCUUGCCGAAGAAGCCUUGUAAGAAACUGAUGAGCACUUUAAAUCACUUGUAUCAUCAGCUGGCAGCAUUGCAGCAAAGACCCCGUGACGAUGCUUUAAUGGAGCUGGCUAUGAAUGACUACGAUUUUCAAUCAGGCUCCAAGCUGCAUCUGUUAGAUGUAGAAAUUCAAGAGGCAUUUCUCACAUUUAUGGCUUCGAUCCUGAAAGGUUACAGGUCCUACCUACGCCCUAUUACGCAAGCCCCUUCGGAAACUGCCACUGAUGCAAGUUCCCUGUUUGAACUGCAAGGAUUCUUGAAAAGCCGUGAUCGUUCACAUCAAAAGUUUUAUACUAUGAUGACUAAGACCCAGAUGUUCAUUCGCUUCAUUGAAGAAUGCUCUUUUGUUAGCGAUAAAGAUGCAAGCCUUGCGUUUUUUGAUGACUGUGUAAAUAAAGUGGAUGUAGACAAGACAGGCGACACGCGGCUUAUAGAACUCGAUGAGUCCCACAAGAGCGAGCACACCGUCUUCGUAACUCCCCCAGAGAUUCCUCACCUGCCCAACGGAGAGGAACUCCCAUAUCAAUACAGCUACAGUGGAUUUCCGGUACUGAAGCAAAAUUUAUUUGAGCAGCCAGCAGGACUUCUGACAAUACAAAACAGCAAAUUGUCUUCGAAAGUCAGCAGCCCAAACAGUCCUUUGCCAGUGUUCAGAAGAACAAAACAGGAAAUCAAGUCUGCGCACAAGAUAGCCAAGAGAUAUUCCUCCAUCCCGCAGAUGUGGUCCAGGUGUUUGCUUCGCCAUUGCUACGGCUUGUGGUUUAUCUGCCUACCUGCUUACAUCCGCGUUUGCCAUUCCAAAGUGAGGGCCCUCAGGACAGCCUACGAUGUCUUGCGCAAGAUGCACACGAAAAAAAUAGAGCCACCCGAUGAGGUAUGCUACCGAGUCUUGAUGCAGCUCUGUGGGCAAUACGGUCAGCCUGUCUUAGCCGUGAAAGUCCUUUUCGAGAUGAAGAAAGCUGGCAUUGAUCCUAAUGCCAUCACCUAUGGUUACUACAAUAAGGCUGUUUUGGAAAGUAGCUGGCCAUCAAGCAAUCGGAGUGGCUACUUCCUGUGGACCAAGAUAAGAAAUGUCAUUUUAGGAAUAACCCAGUUUAAAAGAGUUCUAAGGAAGCAGCCUGCAAAUGGCAUCCACAAAGCUCUUUCUGGGGACCAUUCUGAUCUGUUAUAUAAGUUGUCUAAAGAUGCAGUUAAGCAAGGAAAAACAAACAUCCAGAACAGCAUUGACCAAAGAUAUGAGAAAAAAGAGAGCGACUCAAGUUCCUUGUCUGAAAUUGAGAGUGGAAAGGAAAGUGGUGAUUGCCUCCCCGCGUUAAAUUAUCAAAAUUCCACCUGUGCCAAGCUCGGUUCAAGGAUUGUUCGUGUUAAUGAUACAACUGGCAAAAUAUCAGAUGCAGCCGGAGACAGGGCUAUAGAAACCUCUGCAGGAUUGCUCUUCUCUUGUUUUGACAAUAUCAAUAAAACGGGAGUCGCUAAGGCUGAAAAGCUGAGAAACAGGCAUUUAAGUGCAGCUGAAACGGAACACAAAUGGAAUGUUUGGCGCAACAGAAAGCUGAGCGGAGAUGCUCUAAUGGAGCUCAUGAAGAAUCAGAUCAAUCAGGAAGCCAGGCCUGAAGAAAUUGUGGAGAAACUGGGCGUGGAUGCUGAAAUCCUCACUAAAAUGUUUGAGAAAAGAAUGAGGCCGAAGACCCUUGACCUCCGGCCGGCUGCUUUGGGACCUGCUCGGAAGAGCCAUCGGGAGAAAGAGUCUAGCGAUGAAGACGUAGCCUACGAGAACGGCCUACUGGAUAAGACCGAGUCGCCGGUUAUAUUCGAUUUGGAAGACCUGGAUAACGAACCCAUCCCGCAAGUGAAACCCGUGAAGCCGAUGCAUAAAAAGGCCAAGAAGAUUCAGCGGGCUGUCAGUGUUCCCGUGAAGCCCGUCGAGAAAGUUAAUGUUGAAACUGGCUUUGAUCCACUCUCCUUGCUGGCAGCUGAGACGGGACAAGGGAAGGAAGAGGAGGAGGAAGAGGAGGAGGAGAAAAGGGUCUCCACCCCGUCAGCAAGGCGCGAUUUAGCUGAAGAGAUCGAGAUGUACAUGAAUAAUAUGAGCAGCCCUUUAACAAGCCGGACGCCCAGCGUCGAUCUGCAAAAGGCCUGCGGCGACAAGAACCCCAACAAAAGGAGUCCAACCUUAGGCCAGCCGUGCCGAAGAUCAAGCCUCCCGCCAAACUCACCCAGGUCGAUAGUGCUCCCCAAAUCCAAGAGCUACCAGGUCAGAAACGAAAGAGGAAGGGACCGGCUUUGGUCCUCUCCCGUGUUCUCUCCCAACAAUUUGUCAAGGGGGCAACCUCAAGACAUAGCCGGGGCAGUGACGCUCGCCUCUCCAACCUCCUUCAACCUGGACACGCUCCUGACGCCGACGUUCGAUGUUCUGAAGAGCAGCAUGUUUUCUGCAGGAAAAGGGGUGGCAGAGAAGGCCAGCAGGUGGUAUUCGAAGUUCGCCACCUACGCAGCAGCGUCGAAGGAUCAAAACUCGGACCGAGCGAGCUUGUCGUCGCUUGGGGCCCUGGAUUCGGAAUCCGCCUCGCUAACCGAUGAAGACAUGUGCAACGACCUGGAAAGCAGCUCCUCUCCUCGAGAUGACGCAUCGUCGGCCUUCAAGGGCAUCGGCCUGAGCUCCACCAGUCUUGAAAGCGCCGCUUCUCACAACGGCUCCUCAAAGCCUUCCUCGCAUUGCGGCUCCUUUUCCAAAUCAGAGAUGGUUUCCUCCUGCAGUCCAAGCAGCACGAGCGUCUUCCAGAAUUACGCCCUGGAGGUCCUGAUCUCAAGCUGUUCCCGAUGUCGAACCUGCGACUGCCUGGUUCAUGACGAAGAGAUCAUGGCAGGCUGGACGGCGGACGACUCCAACCUCAACACCACCUGCCCCUUCUGUGGAAAUCUCUUCUUGCCUUUCCUGAAUAUUGAGAUCCGAGAUCUCCGGGGACCUGGAAGGUACUUCUUAAAGCCCAGUCCUUCUUCGGAAACUAUCCAGCUUCCAUCCUCUGGGGUGAACCAGGCCGGCAAAACCUGCAUUGCUGAUCCCCUUUCAGGGUUUACUACCACUUUAAUUCCAGCUCAAAAUGACGUCGUUUCAGAAAGCAGCUGCAAGGCAAAACAUUUGGACACCUUCUGUGCCAAGAGCAUCCAGAUCCCUUCUCAGCGAAGGCAUCCUUCAGCCAAAGAGGAGCCCCUUGGCCAUCCCCUGUCAAGAAGCGUCAGUGCGUACAGUUCUUUAGAGAUAGAUGAAGUGGGAGUCCAUCCCCACAACCGUGUGGUGCCCACGGGGAGCUUGCCUGCAAAUUUCCAGCAGAGAAUGGAGUCUGUGCAGCUGGAGUGGCAUCUGCCUAGCCCGGAGCCCAUCACCGUUCCUUAUCUAAGUCCUCUCGUUGUCUGGAAAGAGCUUGAGAGCUUAUUGGAAAAUGAAGGAGAUCACGUGAUCACCGUGGCUGAAUUUGUGGACCAUCACCCCAUCGUCUUCUGGAACCUGGUCUGGUAUUUCCGGCGGUUGGACUUACCCAGUAGUUUGCCCGGAUUGAUCCUCUCCUCUGAACACUGCAAUAAAAAUUCCAAGAUACCCAGAAACUGCAUCUUGGAGAACAGCAAGCAUGUUCUGAUUCAGAUGUUGUGGGACAAUAUGAAACUCCACAAAGAUCCAGGACAGCCCCUCUAUAUUCUGUGGAACGCCCAGACUCAGAAAUACCCAGUGGUCCAUUUACUGCAAAAGGACGACAGUUUCUUUAACCAGGAGCUCUUAAGAAGCAUGGUCAAGAGUAUUAAGACAAAUGAUGUCUAUGGACCAAUGAGCCAGAUCCUAGAGAGGCUGAACAAAGGACCACAGAUCAAAAGGCAGAGGAGUCUUUAUAGAGAGAUACUAUUUCUCUCUCUCGUUGCUCUUGGAAGAGAUAAUAUCGAUAUAGAUGCUUUCGACAGAGAAUACAAGAUGGCUUACGAUCGUCUCACCGCGAAUCAGGUCAAGAGCACCCACAACUGUGAUCGGCCACCAAGUACCGGUGUGAUGGAGUGUCGAAAGACAUUUGGGGAGCCGUAUCUCUAGAUGGAAUCAUGGCGCGUCAUGAAGUGCUUUGUAGGUGAACAGUAAAAACAGCCGCCGCAGACUCUCCUCCUCUGAGAAGAAGCCUCUGGGCCUUUCUCUAGAGGAGAAUUCCUGCAAGGAACACAGUCCAGGAUUACGAAAGACCCCUCUCCCUUCCCGGGCUCUCUUUUCAUCUUGACGCAGAGAUAAGCCAUGUGGCGCAGAACACGGAGCGUUUUGCGGCAGAAAAGGGCAAAUCAGGAUGGACCAGAAACACGCAGGGAAGGGAGCAUGCAUCAAAUAAGCUUUUGAAAUAAACUGUUUGCCGAGGAGGUGCAAAAAGUGACAGAAAGCAGGCCAGAAUUAUAUUAUAACAGAUUUUAAAUUAUUUAUAGCAAGUUCAUAUUUUUUUAACUUUUUAAAUUCCAAGAGUGAACCGAGGGACUUCAUUGCCUGAACAAUAUUUUUCAGAAUAUUGCUGUGUAUAGCAACAGGUCUGAUUUCCCCCCACCCCCUUCCUUUUUUUCUAAAGAAACACCUCUUUUGUUUAGCUUUUUUUUUUUUUUAAUGUAACAGAGAACUUUCGGUACUAUGUUUCCUAUCCUGCAAAAUCUAUAUUUACGUAGCUCGUUUUAGCUGACAAGUAUUGCUGACUGAGUAACAGGAAGCUUGGUAAGUUAACCAGAUUUGUUACAGUUUGAACACUGAAGCUGAUGUCACUUUCCUUCUGUCCCCCCCCCGCCCCCCCCGAGCUGAGAUUCUCCAAUAUUUUUCUGUAAAAAAUCAUUGAAUAUUAGAAGCUGAAUCUUUGCAAAGAACAGUCUAAAGGCAUCUGUGGAGCAGAGUGCAUGCAUCUCUGUACAGCUAGUCCUUGAAUUAACGACCACAAUUGGGACCAGAAUUCCCGUCACUAAGCAAAGCAAUUGUUAAACGGGUCAUACCUGAUGUUACAACCUUUUUGCCAUGGUUAUUAAGCAAAUCACUGCCAUCGUUAAGUCAGUUCUUAAAUUAAUCCAGCUUUCCCCACUGACUGGGAAGGCCAGAAGUGGUGAUUACACGAUUCCAGGACAUUGCAACCAUCGUAAAUACAUGCCAAGCAUCCCAAUUUUAACCACAUAAAUUGGUGCCGUGAUGCAAGUCACUUUUUUUUAAAGCGCUGUUGUAACUUUAAACAGUCGCUUACAGGAACGGUUGUAAGUCGGGGACUAUCUGUAUAUUGCAUAAGGAGCUGAGCAUUUGGAAGGCUGCAAAAUAUUCAGGCAGAAUUGCGUCUUUUCACUUUCUAUUGUUCAUGUCUGUGCUUCUUGGUUUUCUAAGAACCGGAGGAGUUGGCUUCCCAUAUUUCAAACUGGCAUAUUGAUGGAGAAUUAGGUGUCUGUAAAAGCAACUCCCUGCCAGAGGUGCACAGUGCUUCAAAUUCAGAUCCUGCGCACUGCCAAAGAUGCUUUGGAGGGCUUAGGAACAUGGGAAUAGCAUCUGGAAGCAGCCGUGUCUUCCCUAUAUUGGGCAUGAGUGAUCCUUGAAAAAGACACAGUUGAUUUCCAAAAUGUUAUUCUUAUGGUUUCAUCUUUCUUAUUAUCCAAUUCAGGAGUCUCCAAACUCGGCAACUUUAAGACUUGUGGACUUCAACUCCCAGAAUUCCCCAGCCAGCGUAUGCUCCC